AUGGCCGACAUAGUCACAGGUUUUCUGGCAUUUGGGGAGUGCUUGGGGAAGUUGCUCAAGUUCGCGGAGGAUGUUGGCCAUGCUGGCGAAGACCUCAAGCGGUACCACAAGGUGCUUACCACUAUCAGAAGGACAGUCGCUAUCAUGCAGUAUCUGGCAAGUCAAUCUGAGCUCCACGAAAAGCUUUCCGCCCUUUCGAGCAACAAGCGGCACAAUAUCAUCGAUUCCUUCGCCGAAGAUGUCCAAUCUAUCAUUCAAGACUUGAUGCAGUUGCUAAAUAAUCUUGAACUUGCAAAGAAAGAAAUUGACUCCCGAUCAAGUACUUGGGAUAAAUGGAAGGGCAAGUUCAGGGACAUCAUCGGCAAAGGGAAGAUUGUGGUACACCGGGCUCACAUCAACGAUUUGAUUCAGUCAGCAAAGCACAUUGAGUCAUCUCUCCAUAACGCCCUUUCAACAAUUCUUCUGGUAAACAGCAAUAUACGAACGACGGAGGUAACCGAGAUGUUGCAAGAUUACGGUGACACUGUGCGUGAGCAACAUAGGGACUUUAAAGACUUGCACAGGGCCUGUCAGACGGCAAAGACGCCAGUGGCCUAUGUCAAGAAAAUCAUGACCAAAGAACAGCUACGCUCCCUAAACCCUAAAGCGAAAGGGAAAAGGGGUUCGAAACGGAGCAGUUGGCUGGGUGCCAAUGGACGACAUACCGUUAUCCCAAAUGGCUCAAACUCGAACUACAAUGCGGAUAACAUCAGCACAUCAUCACUGGCCACCGUUGGCACUCAAGACCAAGAAGCUCUUACUUCGGAUAUUGUGAUUUACAAUGAUGGAACUCGAAGCGUUGUUCAUGGGCCUUCCUCCGGCGUCGAUUCCGCCAUGAUGACCCUAAAUCCGGAUCCUGAGACUGAAGACACCGCUUCUGAUUUGCCAAAUCAAACAACCGCUUGCGUUCCAGAGACCGAAGGCAACAAAUCAGACAUCCUCGAGGAAGCAACUGCCAGCGACAAGGAAUCAGUAGAGUGGAGCAGUCCGGAAUCAGAGGCUUUUGACCUGGACUUGGCCAUCCAUGCCGAGUCUUCUUGCUGGGCACCGCUUGGUGACGGCUUCGACAUUGAGAUUAACUCAGAAGCUCUCUUUUACCUCGACAAGGCCAUUACCAUGAUGGGUGAUACGCCACCCAGCCCUAGCGAGGAGCUUUCUUUUUGCGUCGAAACCUGGAUCAUACAGGAGAGUGGCUUGUCUGUGCUGAUCCUUCGACAGCGCUGCGACCCCAGGCCCUCCGGGUGCUGCGCGCACGUGCUGAUCAACUCGUCUACUCAGCUGUCAACCGACUAUCAAUUGCCACAUUUACUCCGAGGCACACUGCGAGAAGAGCCAUCAUUGGCAGUCAACAGUAGCCACAGCCCAGAAGGAAGUCGCUUGAAACUGGUCGCUACUCACGGGUUUGAUACUCGGCGCCGAUAUACCAAGCUUUUGAAACAGGCAGAGAGGUGUGAACAAGUUGCGAUUACAGCCUCUUUCUGGGCGUCUUUGGUUAUGGAGACCGUGAGAUCCAACCAGAAAUGA